UCAAGCCAGCUUUUUCUCACAACAGUGUCGAAAACUAUUGGGAAUCGGACCCAAAUUUUCAAAUGUACGAAAUUCAAAUGGCAAGUUCCAACCCCACCCUUUCAAAGUCUCUCCAAAUUUUAAUUAUUUUCCAAGAGAAAAUGUCAACUGUAAUUAUUGUUUGAAAACAAUUGAAAAUUGUGGAAGUUUCAGAAACCUCUGUUCUUUGGACGGCCAAGUCCAAAGUCUUUGUUCAGAGCUUCUGGGGUAAUGAAGGUUUGUGGGUUCCGAAGCAAACUUGAAUAGGGUUUGGUUGGCUUUCUGGUUUGUGGGUUUUCGUUUUCGAUGCUUAAUAAUAUCUGGAAGGGCCUAAAGUUCAGUACUUGAUCCUGCCAGAGCUGAUGUUCUUGAGAGGCAUUAGGUUUGAGGAGAGUGAUGGAUUUAAGGAGAGGUAGAGGAAAAGAGAGAGUUUUCGGAGAUCGAAAGGUUAAUUCGAUUAGUGGUAGUUCAUCAAGAACAGAUAACAAGGAGGUUAUGGUUGAUAAUUAUGGUAAUAAUGUUAGGGAAAGGGUUAAUGCUUUAAGGUUUGAGCAAAGAGGUGCAGCUAUAGAAACUGAGUUUGUUGAAAAAUACAGUCGAAUUUCACAGUUCCCAAUAGAUAAUUGGAUGUCUGGAGAUGAGAUUGAAAUGAACAUGAGUAGGUCUAUGUCUGUAAAUUCAAGUGUAGGAGAUGUUUCAGCCCACUUACAGAAUUUUGCUGGGUCAGUGAGAGCAAAAGGAAGUAUGGACCAGUUUCGGGGUGUAGAAAGAGAUCGGUUUGAUGGGUUUUACGCGAGCUCCAGGGUCGGGGCUCAGCGUGGAAGAAUCCCAACUUCUGCUUAUCCUGAUGAGGGGCCUUCAAACUAUAAGGUAGAUUCUUUUGAUGCUAUGAGUGAAGUUGAAAAUUUGGAGCAGGAUCGAGCGGAGCUUCUAAGGAAGUUGGAUGAGCUGAAGCAGAAACUGAGCAGAUCUUAUGAUGUGGUAGAUAAACCAUGGGAACCGGUUCCUAUGGAGAGGAGUAGGACCCCGCCUGAUCCUUAUGGUGACCGGUUAACUUAUAAUCUUUCCAUGCAGCCUUACGCUGUGGACGAGCAGAUGACAAGGCCCCCUUACUUAAACUAUAGUCAUGGACAUGUUCCUUUUAUGGGUUAUCGUAACAUGGAUACGCCAAACUUCUAUCCUCCUCAAAGGCAUCCCUUGAAUGCAAUUCCAGAAUAUGAGGAUCCAUCUCAGCAACAAAUGAAACGGAGGCCUCCCCCUCAUCUACUCCAGUACCCAAGACCACAAUCUCAUGAGUACUUUAUGGGGCAGCGCAUGGAAUUCAAUUCAAAUCCACAUGAUAACACUUCUCACUCGCCUGCUUGCUCUUGUUUAGGAUGCUACAACCAGAAUCGGGUAGCUUCACCCCAAGUCUCGCUUGAUGAUUUUGGGAAUCGAAGGGUUCCAAAAGCUCCGGUUAGUUUGAAUACCUACCAACAAGUCAAGCCACAUGAUUAUAAUCCCCGACAUGCUAGUCCUCCUCCAUUGCACACAAGAUGGCAAAGCGACUUUGAUUCAGAACCAAGAAGCGCAAUGGCAGUUAAUAGGCGUGGACGAAUCUUCCAUCCUGUAGCAGGAGGUGCCCCAUUCAUCACAUGCUUUAGUUGCUUUGAAGUACUGAAACUUCCUAGAAAACUUAAGAAUACGAAUAAUAAUCAGUCAAAACUGCGGUGUGGUUCCUGUUCAACAGUUAUCUCACUUGAAAUCAAGAGUAAAAAGCUCAUUACUUCUGCUCCUAAAGAUUCCAAGCAACAAUCUUCUGAGGUUGAUCAAAGUUCUAACGAGGCAUUAAAAGGCAGCAUUUCAAGUCAUCAUGGUAGUCCGAAUGCAGGUGACACCAAAUCCUGCUGUGAUGAUUUAGAUCAUUCUGAUCAUUACUUGCCAUCCAUAGAAACCAAAGACAAUUUACUGACAGAAGCAUUAAAAGGCAGCAUUUCAAGUCUUCAUGGUAGUCCGAAUGCAGGUGACAUCAAAUCCCGCUGUGAUGAUUUAGAUCAUUCUGAUCAUAACUUGCCAUCCAUAGAAACCAAAGACAAUUUACUGACAGAAGAUCAGACGCUGAACGUGGAUGAAUCUGAGAAGAGGCAAGGUCUUACUUCAACAUCUUCCAUCUCUUCCAAGAAGGAGGAGGAGGAGGAGGAGGAGGAGGAGGAGGUGGAGAUAUCAGAUUGUGUAAUCGCAAAUAGAGAUGUUCCCGACUCUGCUGAGUUGCUAAAAAAAGAUUCAUUUUCUCCAAAGCGUCCAGGUUCGCCUCUUUGGGAGCAGUCUGAUAGUCCUAAACGUGCAGUAAGCAGAGAUGAGAAGGGAAAUGAUAGUGACUGCAAGAACCAAGACAAGGCACUCUUUAGAAAGAUCAUUUCUCCACAGAAUUCCGUGAAAGAUAGUUCAGUGGAAACUGACGUAGAUGUUUCUUACAAUGAAUAUCUCAAUACCAACAUUUCUCAAGACUCUGCAGAGGGAAGAAAAGAACAAGAUCACCCCAAAAUCGGCAAGGGUGCUGAUUCCUUCUUGGUGGGUCUCAUCAAAAAGAGCUUUAAAGAUUUCUCAAAAUCUAAUCAAGCUGUGGAGAAAACAAGGCCUACUGUUUUUAUUAAUGGGCAACCUAUACCGGAUCAUGUCGUUAAGAAAGCUGAAAAGCUCGCUGGCCCGAUUCAACCUGGAGAUUAUUGGUAUGACUUCAGAGCCGGAUUCUGGGGUGUGAUGGGCCAAACUUGCCUUGGCAUAAUUCCUCCUUUUAUUGAAGAAUUCUAUUACCCCAUUCCAACAAAUUGUGCUGCUGGCAAUACCAGUGUCUACGUAAAUGGGAGAGAGCUACAUCAGAGAGAUUUGGACCUACUUGCAAGCAGAGGACUACCAACUACAAGAGAUAAAUUUUAUAUCGUCGAAAUGUCUGGGAGAGUUGUGGAUGAGGACUCUGGGAAAGAGUUAAAAAGCCUUGGCAAACUUGCCCCCUCAGUUGAGAAGGCAAAGCGGGGAUUCGGCAUGAAAGUCCCCAGAAUGGUUGUGUGAAUAUUCACUUUUGUGGCUUCGAUUUCCUGAUUUAAAUUUCGUGUGUUGUUAAUACUUUAAAGAUGAUAGUGACAGGUCAAUCGCCGAUUGCAUUCUUGGCGUGUUCUUAGAUCCUAGGUGUUUGUUAGUUCAUACGGUUGUAUCUUUGCGAGCGUAGGUGACUUGUUCAAUUAUCUUGUAGGCAUUUUGAUGCAGCAAUUGUCCGUUGUAUCAUCCUUCUGUGUUGUGAGGCUAGAUAGUUUUUUUAUUUUUUUAUCUUGCUGUAUUUGUACAUUCGGGUUUCGCUUUAUCGAGCCUCGUUGUCCCGGCGAGAUUGCUGCUACAUUAUACAUUGCAAGGUACAGAACAUAUUGAACUUACGUAAA